AUGAAAGCCGGCGAACACCACAAUGACCUCUCCGCCUCCAAAGGCGCAAAUGAGGAGCAGCAGAUGACCGAGGCAUCCAUCAGCUUGACAAGAGCAUCUCAACAAUCGACACUCGCACCCUCUAUCGGCGCAAAGGGCAUUGGUAGUCUGAGAUCUUCAGCAACGGUGCAAACGUCCAUUCUGGACUAUCUGCAGCCGUCAGUCAAGCCUUGGAACUCGCAGCGUGUGGCCAAGCCGCUAGCUGGGCCGGCAAGCGCAUCUACAGCCGCUUGUCGUGCCACCUUGCACUGUUCAGCUCCAGCGCUGGAUCCGGACCUCCAAAAAGGUGUACUAGAGAGCAUCAACAAGCGUCGAAAGGCUUCAGGCUUGCUGCCAUCCAGCAGAAUCUUCUCCAUGCCCACAGCGAAGCUCAUACCCGUGCAAGAAUGUCAAGAGGCGAAGCAAGUCAAGCGCAAGAGGAUUGCAGGUCCGACAUUCACAUCAAGCCAAGCCAGCUCCGCGUCAGAUCACGUCGAGCAGCAGAUUGCGCCAGGACUGUUGAGCUUGCACAGCAGGGACAGUCUCACGAGCAACAUCCUGCAUGCAGCAGAUAGCAGCCUAGGUGUGGAUUGCAAUAUGCAACGACACCCCAAUUUGCUGCAUCUCGAAGCCAAAGGCACCUCGACAUCAGCUCCGCCAACAUCAAAGAGCUCUGUUCAAAGCGCGUCCAGGCCAAGUUCCAAGCGCCCGCGCACAACUCGGCGAGUCAGAGGUGUCAGUCCGAUGGAGCCUGCAGUGGACAAGUGCCUUCAAGAACCAAGAUUGAUCAUGGGCCCAAUCAAGCUUUCAGCAGGCGCUACAAGGCCACCGACACUGCCCCUGUGCUUCUCUACAGACUGCGAUUCGGACUGA